UCUGUUGUUGGUUUGUUGCAUCAUUUGAUUAUUAACCUCUUCUACCCCUUACCAAAAAGUCCAAAAUCCUUCAUUUUUAUUUUAUUUUUCUUGUAUGAAUUAACAAGAUUAUUAUGUCAACAAUACAAAGGGGUAGGGAAAAUAGUAACAAUAUUAUGGCUCAACCAUUUCUCCAUGAAUUCAAGAAACAAGCUUCUUUCUUCCUUAAGGAGAAGAUCAAGACAGCUAGAUUGGCUUUGACUGAUGUUACACCAACUCAGAUAUUGACAGAAGAAGCUACAAAUGGAAAUCCAGGUGCACCUGACACAAAAACAUUAAAAAUGAUUUCCAAGGCAGCUUUUGAAGUUGAUGAUUAUUGGAGAAUUGUUGGGAUCCUACAUAAAAAAUUGUCAAGUUUUGAUAAAAAGAAUUGGAGGGUUUCAUAUAAGGCUGUGAUAGUGUUGGAACACUUGUUGACUCAUGGACCUGAAAGUGUUGCUGAGGAAUUUCAAAGUGAUAAAGAUGUUAUAAGGGAAAUGGGAAGCUUUCAACUUAUUGAUGAGAAAGGAUUCAACUGGGGGCUAAAUGUUAGGAAGAAAUCUGAGAGGAUAUUGAAGCUGCUAGAAGAUGGACAACUUCUCAAAGAAGAGAGGAACAAAUCAAGGAAGAUAUCAAGAGGGAUUGAAGGUUUUGGGAGCUUUAACAUUAGGAGGACUACUAGUUCAGAGGAAAAAUCAGCAAUUAAACCUUAUGGAAGGUCUAAUUCUCAGUUUAAUCAUCAUGAAAAUGAUGAUGAUGAUGAUGAAUUGCAAGUUAGUGAGAAAGUGGAUGAUGAGUACUUAGUAAAAGAAAACAUAGCACCAAGUGAUGAAAUGCACAAAUGGAACUUCAAAGGAGAAUCAAAAGCACUUUUGGAUGAACAGAAAGAAGAACCAAGGAUGGUAUUUUCAUCAGAAGAGGAUCAUCCUUUCAGAGAAACAGAUCGAUUAACGUCAGUCUCACUGCUUUCUUCUGGAGAUCAAGUCCUCCAAGCAUGUCAAUAGGACGUGUAGCAGCAUAUGUAUGUUGAAUAGUUGUUUUAUGCGUUCAUCUAUCUCUCAGAACAGUUGUAGCGUUCCGCCUAAAGAUUUAUGUAUAGAGCUAAGAAACACCUAGUUGGUUGUUCCCUUACAGACUUAAUACCACUACUAGCUGGUUUGAGCUUCUGUUAUAACCUUUACCUACAGGGUGAAGCAAUGCAGAAAUGCAACUAUACUUCCAUUUCAGGUUCAUGGAAUAAUUGUUGCUCUCUUGAAAGAGCAUGAUACCCAAAUUUGUGUUUCUUUACAAUGCUACUAAUGAUACUGAUGUUUCCUAGUUCA